GUUUAUAUAAGUAUCAUCAACAGUGCGGAAACAAGUUUUGUCUACUGACUUGAAACGGUUGCCGCGAGUCGGGGGCGGAGACGUUGAAAACAACUUUCACCCCUCUAAUGUCUCACAAUAUCCGCUACUGCUUAUAAACAGUACUGCGCGACAAGAACACGAUGAUAUCCUUUUCAACCCUAGUCCACUAUGAGCUCCCCCGAUGUAUCCAGCUGCAAACCUUCGAUGCUGUGGAACUGGAACACCGUGGAUGCGUGCUUCGUCGCCGACUCUUGGCACGUCCACACUACCCGCCAAUAUGCGCUCUCCCUGCUCGGAUUCUUCGUCUUCACUCUCCUCCUCGAAGCUUUCUGCCGCACAGGCCGCGCAUACGACCGCCUCACGCUGCGUCUCUACCAGAACGCGCUCGCCGGCGACAACCUCACCCAGAACCGCUCCGGCGUCGGCGCUCUCACGCGAUCCGACCGGCCGUACCGCCCCACUUUCCUGCAGCAGCUCGCGCGCAGCCUAUUCUUCGUCGUCCAGCUUGCCGCGGGGUACUUCCUGAUGUUGGCUGUGAUGUCAUACAAUGGGGGUGUGAUCUUCUCGAUCCUGGCUGGAGGCUUUGUUGGACAUCUUAUCUUCGCUCGGGACACCGUCCCGGGUGCCACUGCAAUUGAGACGGCAGAUUAUGGUGUGUUCUUGGAACAGGUCACAUUCGGUGGGGGAAAGCAAGGCAUGCACUCGGAGUCGAAGAUAAGCUUGUGA